UAUUGUAAAGGCGGAGACGAAUCUCACGACUAGUGAGUUUCUACCUUUUUCUUUUCCUCAAAGCGUCGGAUUCAGUCAUCAGAAAGUAUCAACUUCGUCUGAUGGAAAUUAGGAUGUUGAGAAGCUGAGUCGGUGAGCAUAUAAUGACAUUCAGAAGCACAGCCAUGGGUGCUGAUAAUUUGCUGCUGUUCAUUCUGGUUUGGACUGUCUGUCAAGCUGAUGAUAAUGUCUGCAGUGUAAGCUGUGAGAAUGUGACUGGAACUGUGGGUGAAGAAGUAACUUUCACCUGCAGCGUCUCUCAGAAGUGCUCUGAAUGCUGCUUUAGAAAGUAUAAGUUUCAAUACCUUGAAAAAUAUAAAAACUCAACAAUCUGUAGACAAGAGUUUCCUGAGGGCUCCUGUGAACAGAGAAACAGCUUCACAUGCAGAUACACUCCAACUACAUCAAUGACAGGACAAUUCAGAUUCUUUGUUCUUACAGUGUGUGGAAUGAAAAGAACAGAAUUCACUGUGAACAUAACAGAACCCAGUAAACCUGAAAUUAUCACUGAAGCUCCUGAUGUCUGCAGUGUACGCUGUGCUGAUGUGACUGGAACUGUGGGGAAAGAAGUAACUUUUACCUGCGAUGUCUCUCAGAAGCGCUCUGAAUGCUGCAUUACAAUGUAUAAGUUUCAAUACCCUGAGAAAUAUAAAAACUCAGCAAUCUGUAAACAAGAUCUUCAGGGCUCCUGUGAACAGAGAAACAGCGUCACAUGCAGAUACACUCCAACUACAGAAAUGACUGAAGAAUUCAGAUUCUUUGUGCAAACAAACUUUGGAGCAAUAAGAACAGAAUUCAUUGUGGACAUAACAGAGUCCAUUAAACCUGAAACUGCCAUUGAAGCUCCUGGUUUCUGCCAUGUAACCUGUGCUGAUAUGACUGUAACUGUAGGGAAAGAAGUAACUCUCACCUGCAGCGUCCCUCAGCAGUGCAUUGAAUGCUGCAUUACAUUGUAUAAGAUUUAUUACACUAAGACCUAUACUUACUCAAUCUGUAGACAAGUGCUUUCUCUGGACUCCUGUGAACAGAGAAACAGCUUCACAUGCAGAUACACUCCAACUACAGCUGUGUCUGAAAAUUUUGGAUUCUUUAUGCAAACAGUGUGUGGAUGGAAAAAAACAGAAUUCACUGUGAACAUAACAGAACCCAGUAAACCUCUAAUUGACACUGAAGAUUCUGAGGAAUAUGGAUCUGGAUCUACGGCCCCUAUACGACCCACUGGUGCUGUUGUUGGCUGUAUCAUCAUGAUCAUCUUCAUCAUCAUCAUCUUCAUCAUCGGGAUAUCAGUCUCUUGUGUAAAGAGGUCCAAACGCUCCAUCCCUUCUGGAUCCCAGAUAGAAUAUGAAAGAGGUGCUUCUGAAAAACUAACAAUAACCACAGUAAAUGAUCAGAAUGAAACAAAAUGAAAGCUGUAAGUUUUGUUUCAUUUUUUAUGUGAAUAUAAUGUUCAGUUUAACUACAAAUCCCUGAUGAACUGUAAAACUCACAUACUAUGUCAGCAUUAAUAAUAGAUCAAUUAUUAUAUUGAUCAGAACAAUUAAUCAGCCAAUAUUUGGCCAUGUUGAGAUGAUCUGCAUCAGAUAAUAAUCCUGCCUUUGUUUCAAAAGACUUUGAUCAUUUUUGAGUAAAUAUUGUUUUUAUUUUAUUAGUUUUGCAUGUCAUAUAUCCACAUUGUAUAUGACUAUUGAUUUUGCCUAUGGUUUUUUUUUUUUUUUUUUUAAGCGUUAUAAAUAUAUUUAUUAAGUUACUGAAGUCCCAUAAUACUUCUCAGGAUUGUCUUUUUAGAAUUUCUUUUAUCAACUUUGAUGUCCGUGAAGUGUAACCUAUACCAGUGAUUUGGGAAUAUAAAGUAAUAAAGUUGUAAAAUAUUAAAAGAAGGGUAAGAUGGCCUCUACUGGAGUAAGAAGACCCCCAGGCAGCAGUUUCCAUCUAACCCCAUGUUACCCUAACCAACUGUUACCCUACUGUUGCAAUGCAUUCUUCUGCCAGCAGAGAGCGUGUCCUGCUAUGAUGAAAUCAAUUGUCUUUGAUCAAUAUGAUUAUCAUUUGAAACUCUAUUUGCAAUUAAGCAGCAGCUGAAUGUACAUAAACCGCAUGAAACUGUUAAAGAGUGUCGUCUGAUGACUCUUGCUGAGGAUUGCUGCUUGUUUAAGCUUGUUAUAUUUGUAAAUGAGGACAAAACUGAUAUUGUUAUAGACUGAAAGUGAAGGAAAUACUACUUUAAAUUGUUUUGUUUACUUUUUAUUUCUUUAAAGUUUCUUUAUUCUUUCAUUUUGUUCCUGGUCUUUCAUACAGUAUGUUUGCUCUUUAUGAUGGCCUAGAAUACAGAAAUAAAUAACAAAUUAUAAUGGAA